AUGGAGGGCGGUUCGAAAGGAUCGCCGGACGAGAUAAAAUCGACGGCCGUCGUGAAGUAUUCGCUGCCGAAACCGGCGCAAUUCAUCCAGCUGCAAUGCAACACCAACUUGAACCGGCCCCCUUCAAAUUGGCUGAGCAGCUCGGCCGAUUCCUACGGCUUGCAGCAGAUGCUCACCAAUCACAAGGGUUUCACCAGCUUUAAAAUGGCGCAUAUGUUUCCGGAUUGCGUCGGAGAAGUCGACGUCGUUUCGGACGCCGAAAACAUCAAGAAACUCUUGAAAAUACCCUAUCACAAGGGCCACAUCAGCAUGAUGGUGCAUCGCAUCGAAAACACCUUACUCAUCGACGAUUUCGAUAUAUACAAGCACUUGUUGAAAACCGCCGAAACGGAGUGGGCUUGGCUGAGGAAGUUCUUCGUCGACAACGUCAGCAGGGCGACUUGCAACGAAGACAGGAAUUUAUACACCAACAGCAGGCGUCGCGAGGCUCUGAGAGAAAAAAGCCUCGUCUCCAAGUUUCUCUAUCACAGUUUGGUGCCCUCCGAUACCACCGAGAGUAAUAACGGAUUCGAAACUGAGCAACCCGUUAGAGAUCCCCCUUUACCCGAACCGUCCCCUUCGACCGAGUGUCCCGAUUCCCCGACGUCUGGCCACAACUACAACAGAAACGUCGUUUGGACAUUCGAGGACAUCGAAAUGCUUUUGGGUACCGAUAUGCCGAUAUUCGGAGGAGGCACCCACCCUUGCAUAUCCCUCCGAUUAAGAGACAUGAGCAAACCGAUCAGCGUACUAACAGGCAUCGAUUACUGGCUGGACAACCUCAUGUCGAACGUACCCGAAGUGGUGAUGUGCUACCAUUUGAACGGCAUAGUCCAAAAGUACGAGCUGAUCAAAACCGAAGAUCUACCGCAAAUGGACAACUCCAAGUUCUCCCCGAAGCUGAUCCGGGACGUCGCCCAGAACAUCCUGAGCUUCCUGAAAUCGAACGCCACCAAAGCGGGCCACACCUACUGGCUGUUCAAAGGCAAGGACGAGGAGGUGAUCAAAUUGUACGAUCUGACCAGCCUGUGUUCGGAGCAGGACGUCGAAAACGGCCAGAAUCCUUUCACUAUACCGGUGGCGAUGCUGCUCUAUCGAGUGGCCCGGAACAUGAAGCACUCCAGCGAUCGACCGCAACCGGGCACCAUCCGCACGCUGCUCAAAAACUGCGUGAAACUCCUGCCGCACGAGAAGUACCCCGAAAUCGUCACAUCUUCGUUGUACAUGUUGUCCGAUUUGUAUGUUCCGGCCAAAACGAACCCGGAGAAUCCGGAGUUGGACGAGCGCGAGCACGAGGAAACCGAAUCGCACUACGAAGACGAUCUAUCGGACGACGAAAACGAACCGAUGAAGACCCUGGUAUUGGAAGAUAAGCGAUUCGAAACGUUCAAAAACUACUACAAACCGCCGGCUCCCAUCGGAGGGACUGUAGCCGAAAGGUGCCUGCAAGCAGUACAAUACGUAGCCCUAGGUCUCAACUGUCUCAAGUAUUUCGCGGAGAACGAGCCGGCCGGUAAGCGAGAUCGCGACGACGACGAGGAAAUCAAAAUGGCCAAACAGUUCGAGGCCAUACCGAUGCCCUACGGCAAACUGUCCGAUUCGAGCAACGCGACUCGAAAGGGCAAGAAAAAGGAGCGCAAACGGAAACAGGAUCACGCCAAUCCGGACAAACCGAACAACGCCUUGCUGCCCAAGAACCUGCACGAGGCCCAAACCCUGCCCACCUGGCAGGAGAAGGACACCGACAACAUCUCGUGGAAGAACCACCUGAAGACGUUGUUGUACGAAAAAGCGGUGUUGGUCUACGCCACGUUGUCCGAACACUACUUCCUAUCGGGCCAGUACGGCUCGAGCCUACGGUACAUCGGCUUCCUGGCCCGAUGCCAGUUGGUCACCAAUCGGUUGCUCUACGCCUCGAACGCCUUGCGCGAAAACUGCCUGCUGGGCCGGGCCGGCGAUUGCUGCAUCAUGAUGGUACAAAAUUGGAGUAAAUGCGAGAUCUACAACCAGCAACUGUUGACCGUUCGGGACGAGGACGCCGGCAUGUUGGAGCAACUGGAACGCGACGAGCAAUCCCAUCGGAUCGAUAUCGGCGAGAGCGCCACCCGAUGCGUGUUCCUCUUCGACGUGCGAACGGUCGAACAGAUGCUGUUGAAGGCGGUGGAAUGUUACGAGACGGCCGUGAAGAUAUCGCCGUCGGACGGGGGCCUGCGACGGCUCGCGAACGGCCUCAACGAAUUGAGCACGUUCUAUUUGAAUCGCGCCAAAGGCGAGAAGGACGCGCGCGAUCUGAUCGAGUCCUGUCGCAAGGCGGAGACCUAUCUGACGAAGGGUUUGGAGUUGUUCGAGUCGGUUAAAGACGACGCCAACGUGGCGCUGUUGUCGACUAAUAUAGGACAUUUGCAUAGGUUGUUGGCGCACGCGCACGCGCCCAAAGACCGCUGCGAGAUCACCCAACAGGAGAAAGUUCACUACAACAAGGCCGUGGUGAAUUACAAGAAGGCGCUGCAGGUGUUGGGCGAUCGGAAGAGUUGCCCGGCCAUUUGGGACACCGUCAAAUGGGAAUUGUCGACGACGUUGUUUAAUUUGUGUUGGAUCAUGCACGAGAAUCCGCCAUCGCAUUUGAGCAAAACCGAAGCGGAAAAGGAGGUGAUCGAAACGUUGCAAAAGGCUUUGCAGUAUUGCGAUUUCGACGAGACCAACGAUAAGUAUCUGUUGUAUGUGUAUCGAGGAGCUAUUAUACACUAUCGCAUCGCUUCGUUGUAUCACAGCCAUUUUUUAUCGACUCCCAACGAUUCCGCCAACAGAAAACACAUCGUACAAUUGGCCAAAAUCAAUUACGAGAAAGCCUCGAAGAUGUACCUGCAAAGCUCCGACGCUUUCAACUAUUUAACGUCGCAAAUGCAACGGGUGGCUUUGUCCGAACAUUUAUCAGGAAUCAGCAACAACAUGAACACGAAGAUCAAACACCUGCAGGAUUGCUUGGAGAUCAUCGUGGAACUGAACGCGGCCGUGCGAUUGAUGAUCGACAAGAAAAUCGACGUCGACGACGGCGAGGAGAGCGACGGGGAUUCGUACGGGACGUGUUUGUCGCUGUUGAAAUUGAUCGGUACGAGAUUACAGCACGUUUUGAAGCUGCUGGUCAAGUACUGCAUGAGCAAACCGCGUCCGAACAAAGACUGCGACCGGCUGGCCGAGACGUACAAGGCCUGCUACAAGUUGUCUUUAGGUUUGAAGGACGACUCGAAUUACGCGGCGUUGUUGAAUCAAUUGGGCGACGUGUUGGGUUCCAUACGAACGCAAUGCGAACGGUCGAUUCAAUCGAUUUGA